AUGGCACCCUCGUCCUUGGGGUACUCACACGAGAGGAUCCUCUCCCCACCGGCAACCCUUGUCAUUCCUCCCAAUUACCUGGUAGAACGGGCUGCUGGAUUACCGGACGGUAGUCAAGACCCAGCUCCGCCGGUGGGUCAAUCGACCGGGCUCAUGCAGCCAGCCGCUUCGCCACACCCUACCACAGCGGUGGAGCUUCAAGUUCCAGCAGCGUUACUUGCUUGGUGA